AGACUUUGGAGAUACAUCGAAUUAGUCGAUCGAGGGAGAGGACACGAUUCAUGAAGAGAUGCGAUCCUCGGGCCUUGCCGACUAAAUAAAGACCUUGACGUCAUCACCGCAGUUACCGUUAAGCAGUCAAAUCAGCGGUUUGUGCGGUACAAAACGCAGUUGCUGCUCCACUUUAGACGCCAUGGCGAGCAAGUCAAUGGGAGCCCAGCAGGGCGCUGCUGCAAUCCCCCAGUUCACCUCCAAAGAUUACUCCUCUUUCUUCCUCGCAGGAGCACUAUGCUGCACGAUCACCCACGGAGCAAUGACACCUGUUGACGUCGUCAAGACCCGAAUUCAAAUCGACCCCGCGUACAAGAAACUGAACAUGUUGUCUGGAACGCGUUAUGUUAUCGCGACAGAAGGACCCAAAGCCCUCCUCACAGGUUUUGGCCCAACUGCAGUUGGUUAUCUUAUACAAGGAGGCGCGAAAUUUGCUGGCUACGAGUACUGGAAGAAGAGAGCAGUAGAGUCUGUAGGUGGCCCGGAGGCGGCAGUGAAGUACCGAACGGCAAUUUACCUCGGAUCAGCUAGUAUUGCAGAGUUCUUUGCAGAUAUCCUCCUGACACCUUUAGAAGCCACCCGGAUCCGUCUCGUGUCAGACCGAACUUACGCAACUGGACUUGUCUCGGGUUUCACUCGUUUGGCGCGUGAAGGUGGCAUGCGCGAGCUUUACGCAGGCUUUGUGCCGAUUCUCUGCAAACAGAUACCUUAUGCCAUAGGGCAAUUCACGGUGAACGAGUUCUGUCACGAGAUUGCUUUUCGUUCCAUGUCCGAAGAGACCCGCCGCACGCUCUCCACUACCAGCAAGUUCACAAUACAACUCGGUAGCGGCGUCAUUGCAGGUUUCGCAGCGGCUAUUUUAAGUCAUCCAGCGGAUACCCUAUUGAGUCAGAUAAACAAGGGACACGGACCAAAGGGCUCCAUGCCGCAUCGACUUGCAGUACUCGCUCGCGAGGCCGGUUUCCGUGGCCUUUUCGCUGGUCUUGGACCUAGGAUGAUCAUGACUGCGGGCCUCGUGUCCGGGCAGUUCUUACUGUAUGGUGCAAUUAAAGAAGCUUUGGGCGCACCCCCUGGUGUGGAGAUACACAAAGAGACUAGUGCUGGCAUGUGAUAGGCACCAAGAUCCCCCGAGACCCCAGUUAGAAGGCCUCGCAUAUAUUUUUAUAGAAUCUCAGCGGUACAUACGCAUGGGUAGAAUACAGUCAUUCACGUGGAG